AAGUUUCGUUCGGGGGGUUCUAGGGCAUUCCAGCCACUUCACUGAGGUUCUCUCUUGCAAAAGAAAGUUCAUCACUUGCAGUUUCUAGGGUUUUCUUUCGUUCCCUUCACCGGAGGUGAAGAUUCAGAUCGUCUCCGAAGAAAAUGGGGUUCUCGAUGCAGCCGUACGGUAUCCAAUCCAUGCUUAAAGAAGGGUAUAGGCAUCUCUCUGGCCUCGACGAGGCGGUUGUCAAGAACAUCGACGCCUGCAAGGAGCUCUCCACCAUCACCCGUACCUCUCUUGGUCCCAAUGGUAUGAAUAAAAUGGUUAUCAAUCAUUUAGACAAGCUAUUUGUCACGAAUGAUGCUGCAACUAUUGUGAAUGAAUUGGAGAUUCAGCACCCGGCUGCAAAAAUUCUUGUGUUGGCCGCCAAGGCUCAACAAGAAGAAAUUGGAGAUGGUGCCAAUCUCACUAUUUCAUUUGCCGGGGAGCUUCUUCAAAAUGCCGAGGAGCUUAUCAGGAUGGGACUGCAUCCUAGUGAGAUCAUAACUGGGUAUACUAAAGGAAUCAAUAAGGCUGUUGAGUUUCUGGAACAACUGGUUGAAAGUGGCUCUGAAAAUAUGGAUGUGCGUAGCAAAGAUCAAGUCAUUUCUCGGAUGAGAGCGGCUGUUGCAAGCAAGCAAUUUGGGCAAGAGGAUAUUUUAUGUUCUUUAGUUGCUGAUGCAUGCAUUCAAGUGUGUCCCAAGAAUCCUGCUAACUUCAAUGUGGAUAAUGUCCGUGUGGCGAAGCUUCUGGGUGGAGGAUUGCACAAUUCUACUAUAGUCCGUGGUAUGGUAUUGAAAACUGAUGCUGUUGGGAGCAUAAAGCGAAUGGAGAAGGCAAAGGUUGCUGUGUUUGCUAGUGGUGUUGAUACUACUGCAACUGAGACGAAGGGAACUGUCCUCAUUCACAGUGCUGAGCAGCUAGAGAAUUAUGCGAAAACAGAGGAAGCUAAAGUUGAAGAAUUGAUAAAGGCUGUUGCUGAAUCAGGUGCCCAAGUCAUUGUUAGUGGCGGAGCAGUUGGAGAAAUGGCAUUGCAUUUCUGUGAGCGCUACAAGUUGAUGGUCUUGAAAAUCAGCUCAAAGUUCGAAUUACGACGCUUCUGCCGGACGACGGGGGCUGUCGCCCAUUUGAAGCUUAGCCGACCAAACCCAGAAGACUUGGGAUAUGUUGAUUCUGUAUCAGUUGAGGAAAUUGGUGGUGUAACAGUCACAAUUGCAAGAAAUGAGGAGGGUGGUAACUCCAUCUCUACAGUAGUUCUGCGAGGAAGUACAGAUAGCAUAUUGGACGACCUCGAAAGAGCCGUGGAUGAUGGAGUCAAUACAUAUAAGGCUAUGUGCAGAGACAGCCGUACAGUUCCUGGAGCUGCCGCGACUGAAAUUGAGUUGGCUAAAAGAUUGAGGGAUUACGCUAAUGCAGAAACGGGGUUGGACAAAUAUGCCAUCUCCAAAUUCGCAGAGAGCUUUGAGUUUGUCCCAAAAACCCUUGCGGAUAAUGCUGGCCUCAAUGCAAUGGAGAUCAUUGCCUCACUCUACACUGGACACGGAUCUGGAAACACAAAAUUGGGAAUCGAUUUGGAGGAAGGUGUUUGUAAAGACGCCUCAGAGAUGAAUAUAUGGGAUUUGUACGUUACUAAGCUCUUUGCACUCAAAUACGCAGCGGAUGCUGCCUGCACAGUGCUACGUGUUGACCAGAUUAUAAUGGCGAAGCCAGCAGGUGGGCCGAGGAGAGAUGCGGCUGCUGCAGCAGCAGCCAUGGGCGAAGACUAAGUCCGUAUACAGCUAUCUAUCUUUUUUUUUUUUAAUCAUACCUCCUCUCUUAAAGAAACAAAAUUUUGCUUCUACUCGUCUGUAUACACUCAAGCUUUCAGGUUUUAGCUUUCAAUGUCUCUGCAACCUGAAGUCAAAUCUGUUUGUUUUGUUUGGCUUUGAGUUCUGAAGUUACAGGUUUGUUUAGUGGAAAGAAUUAUAUGGGCUAUUUUGACAUUAAUCAGGAUCUCGUCUUUGAGAU